AGAUGGAGCAAACACAUGAUGAUAUAGAUGAAAUGUUCAGCAAUUUACUUGGGGAGAUGGAUAUGCUGACCCAGAGUUUAGGAGUGGACACUGCACAGCCUCCUUCCCCCAAAGUGACCAACAAUGAAUUUAGCUUUACAGUUGGUUUUAAAGAUUUAAAUGAAUCCUUGAGUGCCCUAGAGGACAAAGACCUGGAUGCUUUAAUGGCUGAUCUUGUAGCAGACAUAAAUGAUGUUGAGCAGAGAACUUUACAAGCCCAGAAAACUUCUUCUGGCAACCAGCAAAGUGUGGUCACUCAACCUUCAACAGGCUUGGAUAGUGACAUUUAUUCGAAAUCAAGUCUUUAUGUUACCAUUACUGGACAAUUUGGGGAUGACUUGCCCCCUCCACCUCCAAACCCUGAUUUAGACCUUCCACCACCACCACCACCACCUCCUCCUGAGCCAUUGACCCAGGAAGAACAAGAGGCACAGGCUAAAGCUGACAAGAUUAAACUUGCAUUGGAGAAGCUGAAAGAAGCCAAAGUUAAAAAGCUUGUUGUCAAGGUGCACAUGUACGAUAACAGCACAAAGUCACUAAUGGUGGAUGAGCGUCAGGUGACACGGGAUGUUUUAGACAAUCUCUUUGAGAAAACCCAUUGCGACUGCAACGUGGACUGGUGUCUGUAUGAAAUGUACCCAGAGCUGCAAAUUGAAAGGUUUUUUGAAGAUCAUGAAAACGUCGUUGAAGUGUUAUCAUACUGGACUCGUGACACUGAGAAUAAGAUUCUGUUUUUGGAAAAACGUGAAAAAUAUGCUCUAUUUAAAAAUCCUCAGAAUUUCUACCUGGCAAACAAAGGGAAGAAUGAAAGCAAAGAAAUGAAUGAUAAAAACAAAGAGGCUUUACUGGAGGAAAGCUUCUGUGGGACAUCUGUCAUUGUGCCAGAGCUUGAAGGGGCCCUUUAUUUAAAAGAAGAUGGAAAAAAGUCCUGGAAGAGGCGUUAUUUUCUUCUACGAGCUUCUGGAAUUUAUUAUGUACCCAAAGGAAAAACCAAGACAUCUCAGGAUCUGACAUGCUUCAUUCAAUUUGAGAAUAUGAACGUUUAUUACGGUUCUCAACACAAAGUGAAAUAUAAGGCACCUACAGAUCACUGCUUUGUCUUAAAGCACCCUCAGAUUCAAAAGGAGUCACAAUAUAUCAAGUACUUAUGCUGCGAUGAUCAAGCAACCCUGCAUCAGUGGGUAACAGGAAUAAGAAUUGCCAAGUAUGGGAAGACGCUGUAUGAUAAUUACAAAUGUGCAGUGAAGAAAGCUGGCUUGUCCUCUCGGUGGGCAAAUCAAGGAACAGUGGAACCAGCUGCCCCUGCAGGAUCCUUAUCAGCAGGUGUUGUUCAGUCAAAUGGACAGAUACCCCAAAUUGUUCGUCCUUCCAGUGCAGAAUUUCCAGAGACUCAGAAGAAAGUGGAUACAUCAGAGGCUAAGUCGAAUGACGUCAGUGCGCCUGCUCCGGCACAGUCAGUGAUGAGGCCGCAGAGAUACCAGACUAAGAGGAACUCAAUGCUGCCACCUCCUCCACCUGAAAGACGGUCAUCUGCUAUUUCUGUUUCACCGAUUCUACCCUCCAAAGGCAAACGAGACAGCGGCAUUUUCCUAACAGAUCCAGACAGCUUUCCAGCACCACCACCUACAUUGAAGAUUGAUUUUCCAGCACCACCAUCUGAUUUCUGUGAACCUCCUCCUGAUUUUGUGCCUCCACCACCACCAGCCUUCAGCAGCGGUAAUGGAGAUCUGCCGUUACCCCCUCCACCUCCACCUGUCUCCAGUAAGCCACCACCUCCGACAAAGAAACCUGUGCCACUUCCUUCAAAAAGGCUAGAAAACACAGGACAAGAUGGAGGGCCACAGUCAGCUGGACCACCUCCGAUUGGAGGUGGAGGCAGGCAAGCAGAUUUCAUGUCCGACCUAAUGAAAGCUCUUGAGAAGAAAAGGGGCAGCAGCUCCUGAGCUCUGGGAGCAGGUGGACUUUGAGCCAUAGCUGAUUUUGUGAGGCGCCAUGGAAGGUCAUGCUGGAUCAGGCUCUCCAGGAGGAAUUCUC